AUGAACCGCUUGCGAGCUACACUGGCCAUAGAAACGCUGGAACAGUUGCCGCUACCUGUCGCCUCAUCUGUUUCUAAGGCAGGUGAUCGUCGCAAUGAAUUCGAUGAAGCAAAACGCGAAAAAGAGUUUGCACGUAUGAUGCGGCGAAAACUUGCAAAACAUGCGCGUGCCAUGCACUUGCCGCUGUUUCGCCAAGGCUCAGCGCUGUUUCAACGUUUUGGGGAAAAAACUCUAAGUGAUUAUGACAAGCUGCCAAAGAUUCAGUUUGAUGGACCAAUAGCAGUCAUUCACUCGAACGAAGAAGAGCAGGAGCAUGCCGAAUAUUUAUGGAAACAAAAGGUUGUGGGUGUUGAUACAGAAGCGAGGCCAGAUUUUCAACCAUUGAAGGGAUCAAAGGGUAAUCCUGUGUGUUUGAUCCAAAUUAGCACACUGGAGCGGGCAUUUCUGUAUCGACUGCAACGUGGAAAGCCACUGCCGCCGAUAUUGCAUGACCUAUUUGCUGAUUCUAAUGUAUUGAAAGUCGGUCACUCGUUAAGUGAUGAUUUUCGUCAGUUAAAGUUGUCAAAUUUGGUACAAGCGGUCAAUUCGACAAUCGACACGCUGUAUAUUACACACAAACUUGGUUGUUUGCGACCCGGACUCAAGACAGCAUGUCAGGUGAUGCUUGGAGGCUCGCUUGAUAAGGACUUGCAAGUGUCGGACUGGGAAGCGCCAAGUCUAAGCGAUGCACAGAUCAUCUAUGCGGCUACCGAUGCCUGGGCACCUUUAAGAGUUUUAUUGGCAGCGAUUCAAUUUAAAGAAACGCUGCAACUUUUACGGACAAUAAGUUACAGUUCUUCAGCGCGGGCGGUUGUGGACGAGAACCAUGACGUUAUACUUGGAAAACUGCUCGCAUUUUCUCUACGUCACCAAAUCCCGACAAUCGAUUGA